AUGACCAUCUUCGCUACACUUUUCUCACCCAUAUCGUCCUUUAUAUAUCUGCCUGCGCUGACGCCCAUCGCGGCAUCGUACCACCGCUCAAUCAGCGAGAUCAACUUUACCGUGACGGUAUACCAAAUCAUGCAGGCCAUCUCGCCAUUGUUCUUCGCCGACCUGAGCGACCAGAUUGGCCGCCGCCCAGUCUACAUGAUAACUUUCACCAUCUACACGGCCGCCAACAUCGGACUGGCCCUCCAGAACAGCUACCCUGCCUUAAUGGUCCUGCGUGCCCUGCAGAGCACCGGGAGCAGCGCCACCGUCGCCAUCGGCAGCGCCAUCGUCAGCGAUCUGGCCACCAGCGCCGAGAGGGGCGGUUACAUCUCCAUCGUCCAGGGGACCAUACAGUUUGCCCCGGCCAUAGCGCCCAUCCUCGGGGGCGUAUUGACGCAGUAUUUUGGGUGGCGGUCCGUCUUCUGGUUCCUCGUAAUUGCCACAGCUGUGUUUGUCGUCAUCUAUAUGCCAUUCGUACCCGAGACGGCGCAAAACGUCGUGGGCAACGGAUCGAUUCCACCGCCCAAGCUCAACUCUUCGCUGACGUCGUCUCAGCUAAGACCGUAUGGCGGGAGAGGAAUCUUAGAUGCAGAGACUAACAGGGCUAGCCAUGCUCCAUCAGCGCCAAAUAAGUUCAAGAUUCCCGUACCCAAUGUAUGGGCUGCGGUAUGCAUCGUGUUUGAAAAGGACGUCGGCGCACUGAUGCUCUUCAUGGCUCUCUUUGUCAUGGCCAACUUUGCCAUCCUGAUCCCGCUGGAGGACGUGAUGCGCCGCGAGUACCACUUCAACGACCUGGAGGUAGGACUGUGCUACAUGCCGUUCGCUGUGGGCGCCGUGCUGGGCGCCAUCACGACAGGGAAGCUGCUGGACUGGAACUACGCCCGCAUCGCCCGGUCCGUGGGCAUGUCUCCCGAUCGCAAGAAGGGCGACGACCUCCGCCAGUUCCCCAUCGAGAAGGCCAGGCUUGACGUCAUGUGGCCGUGGCUGGUGCUGGCCAUGACCACAAUCAUCCCUUGGGGAUGGGUCGUCACGGCGGGGACUAGCCUUGCCGCGCCGCUCGUCGUGCUCUUCUUUGCCGGCAUGGGGGUCAGUGGACCCGUUGGCAUUCUAUCCACACUGCUCGUUGACCUUUACCCCAUGAACCCCGGACGCGUGUCAUCGACUUUCAACCUUACUAGGGCAACGCUGAGCGCCGUGGGCACCGCUGUCGUCCAGUACAUCAUCGACGCGUGGGGGUAUGGGUACACGUAUCUCUUCAUGGGCCUGUUAGUUCUGUCUGCGAGUCCGUGCAUCCUGAUUGUCAGGAAAUGGGGACCCCAUUGGAGGGAGGAGAGAUAUCAGAGAUUUCAAAAGGAGUGA